CCUAAAAUAAUAAUAAUAAUUGUUAAAUGUUAAACUUAGAUUAAUAAUUCUCAUUCAACCAACCAAAUCAUAUUUUCAAGCUCAUUUCAUUUCUGUAUUUAUAUAUACUAAGGUUUCAUAGCUAAGUCGGUGUCAGCGUUGAAGUGUGUCACUCUCUUCAAACAAAACAUAGAUCUGUGAAAACAAUGGAAAGAACAAACACUAGUUUGUUACCUCUACUAUGUCUUGUUCUUGCAUUUAUAAGUGUGUCUUUAGUGCAAGCAGAAGAUGCAUAUAAGUUCUAUACAUGGACAGUGACUUAUGGAACUCUUUCUCCACUUGGUACUCCUCAACAAGUUAUUUUGAUUAAUGGUCAGUUUCCUGGUCCUAGACUUGAUUUGAUUACUAAUGACAAUGUGAUUCUCAACCUUGUUAACAAGCUAGAUGAACCAUUUCUACUUACAUGGAAUGGAAUUAAACAAAGGAAAAAUUCAUGGCAAGAUGGUGUUUUAGGAACCAACUGUGCUAUUCCUCCAAACUCAAAUUAUACUUACAAGUUUCAGACCAAAGAUCAGAUUGGAACUUAUACUUAUUUUCCAUCAACUAAAUUGCAUAAAGCUGCUGGAGGAUUUGGAGGACUCGAUGUUUACCAUAGAUCUGUCAUCCCAAUCCCUUAUUCAAACCCUGAUGGAGAUUUUACUUUACUCAUUGGUGAUUGGUACAAAACCAACCACAAGACAUUGAGCCAAUCUUUAGAUUCUGGAAAAUCUCUUGGUUUUCCUGAUGGCCUACUUAUAAAUGGUCAGGUUCAUUCUACUUUCACUGGUAACCAAGGAAAAACCUAUAUGUUCAGGAUUUCGAAUGUCGGUUUGUCAACGUCAAUUAACUUUAGAAUUCAGGGUCAUAUGCUAAAACUGGUUGAGGUUGAAGGAUCACAUACUAUCCAAAAUUUAUAUGACUCACUUGAUGUGCAUGUUGGACAAUCAGUUUCCGUGUUAGUAACCUUAAAUCAACCUCCAAAGGACUAUUACAUCGUUGCCUCAACAAGAUUUACUCAAACAGUUCUCAACACAAUUUCAGUGUUACAUUAUUCAAACUCUCGUUCCUCAGCAUCAGGACUCGUGCCUUCUGCUCCCCCUGCUAACGAUUAUGAUUGGUCGAUGAAGCAAGCUAGAACUUACAGAUGGAAUCUGACAGCAAAUGCUGCUAGGCCUAACCCACAAGGGUCAUUCCAUUAUGGAACGAUAAUUCCGACUAAAAGAAUAAAUUUGGCGAAUUCAGCACCAUUGAUCAAUGGAAAGCUUCGUUAUGCAGUAAAUAGUGUCUCCUAUAUCAACCCUGAUACCCCUCUUAAGCUUGCUGAUUACUUCAACAUUCCUGGAGUCUUCAGUGAUAAUUCAAUCCAAAUCACUCCCUCUAAUGCUCCUGCACAUUUAGCUACAUCGGUGUUGCAUACUUCUCUUCAUGAUUUUAUCGAGGUUGUUUUCCAAAACAAUGAAAACUCCGUGCAAUCUUGGCAUCUUGAUGGUUAUGAUUUUUGGGUCGUCGGUUAUGGUUUCGGCAAAUGGACAGAUGCUAGUAGAAGUUCAUAUAAUCUAGUGGAUGCUUUAACUCGACAUACUGCACAGGUAUAUCCAAACUCAUGGACAGCAAUAUGGGUGUCAUUGGAUAACCAAGCUUUUGGAGAGGCCAUGCUACAUACAAUUGGUUAUAUCUACACACGAAAAGCAGCAAGAGAACUAGGAAAGGAUAUCCGGUUCAUGAACGUUCCCUUCUUGGCAGAGUGGGUACGAGACAAAGGACACCGUAUUAAGUCACAAGUGACGGCAGCCUCAGGAGCCGUGUCCCUAAUUCAAAUACAAGAAGAGCUCAAGAAGCUAAAUCAAGGAGAAAAUAAAGAAGAAAACAUAAUGAAAGCUCUUGAAGAUAAGAAGGAUACCGAAGCGUAAUAUUUAUAUUAGAAUAUCAAUUAUUCGGCAUUCACAAGUUUGUUAUUUUUCUCAGGUUCUUAAGGAUCCUACCGUGUCCAAAGAUGUUCUGAAGGCUCGGGCUAAAGCAUUGAAAAUGUUAGGAACCAUCUUUCAAGGUGCUAAGGACGCUUUUAGGAGAGAAAACAGUCUACGCCAAGAAAAUGACAAACUGGUCGAAACUGGUUCCUCAUCAUAGUCAUCUUGUUCAGUUUGUUCAAUAUGGUUGAUCAUGUUGUCACUUUUUGGCUCUCAAUGGAAUUUGACAUGAAUAUAUAAAUACUUUCAAUUUGAUUUGUGAAUUGGACACCAUAAUGCAAUCUGCAUGUAAGUUUUUAGCUUAUAGUUUGUAAAGCAAUUAAUGACUUGUGUUUAUUAUAACACAAGUGUCCAUUGUAAACUCCUGUCAUUGGGGAGAGGAUAUGCAGAUGGACAUUCUUUCUGUAUGAGCAGAUCUUUAUUUAUAUAUUUAUUGCUUUUGUUGUAUGAUAGGCUAUAUUUCAUUUUAGUGCUAAUAAAAUGUAAUUUUAAAUUGAACU